AUGGUAAAUAAAAUCGGGGGCCAUAAAAGACCCGAAUGGUGUAAAAGUGUCCAUUUAUUAAAUGCCCAAACUGAAUCUACCUACAUGUUGGUGGCGUAUCUCGUAUUAUUAUAUGAAGAGUUAAUUUCGAUGUUGGGUGCACAUUUUUCUCCGAAGCAAGUGGCACGAGUUUUCCAGUCACAAUGGCCCGCGAGGCAACAAGGCCUCAUUGCGUUCUGUAAAUUGUCAAACAGAGGAGGCGUUAUGAGGUCGUUUCUUUAUGGGAGUGGUGGGGAGACCUGGAGGAAGAGAAACUGCACAUUCAAGAUUUGUGGCGUUCAACUUUGGAAGGAGCCAUGGGGCUCCCCGAGCGUGUGCGAGAAACGGCAGUUUAUAAGAUUACAUGUGGUAAACAAUUGUUUAUAG